AUGACGAUCAACUCGAUACCGAUAUGGCUUGACUGUGAUCCAGGGCAUGACGAUGCAAUCGCGAUGCUUAUAAGUUGUUUCCAUCCAGCCUUCAAACUACUAGGACUAGGGGCAUCAUAUGGGAAUGCACCUUCAGAAAACACUUCAUAUAACGCCCGGUCCCUCAUAACAGCAUUCGGUAAGACUCAGGAUGUACCUAUCUACCCUAGUGCUAAGAGACCCUGGGUGUUUGAGCCAGAAUAUGCGCCCGAUGUCCAUGGUGCUUCCGGUUUGGACGGUACAACUCUAUUACCGGUGCCUGAAUGUGAGAUGAUCAUCGAGAAAAGCUAUUUAGAUGCCAUGGAGGAAGCUAUUAUAACUCAUAAUGGUGAAAUAACGCUUGUUUCCACAGGCGCCUUGACAUCUGUGGCCACUUUACUACGUGAUCGACCACAUUUGAAAAAAAUGGUCAGGUAUAUUAGCAUUAUGGGUGGAGGUAUAGACCUCGGUAACCGUAAUGACAAUCAUUCGGCAGAGUUUAACAUUUGGAUUGAUCCUCAGGCUGCUAAUUUUAUCCUGAGCGAUCCUGACAUUAAGAAUAAAUGUAUUCUCUUACCCCUCAAUGUGACCCAUAAAGCUAUUGCUGACCAGAGAGUGCAAGAUCAAAUUCGUGGUAAGGGUCAGUCCAAAUUGCGCGAGCUUUUUUACGAGCUAUUCAAAUUCUUUGAACAUUGUUACAAGGAUGCCCAGGGUUUUGACUAUCCGCCAACUCAUGAUCCAUUAACGUUGAUGCCACUGCUGCAGUUUUACGGUUGGGUAAAUCCUUCUGUUCUCCAGCUAACUUAUAGGCGACUGAAUCUGCAUGCAAUAGAGGACAGAAAUAGCCCUGACUUGGGAAAGACGUGCAUUUUGAAAGAGUACAAUUCACAGGAAGAUUUGGGUACAAUUGUUUGUUUUGAUAUGAAUAUUGGAUUCUUCUGGGAACAAGUUUUCCAAGCUUUGGACCGAGCGGCCAAGUCCUCAACCAUUGAAUGA